AUGCUGAUCUGGCUGCUUGCGCUCGCGGCGCGCGGCGCGGCCGGCGCCUCCUCGUGCUCUGCCAACGGCGCCCUUGUGGCCGGCGCCUGCCGCUGCAAGGACGGCUGGCGCGGCCCGGACUGCGGUGCCCUGGACCUCGUCGACGGCGGCCGGCCGCUCUGGCCGCCGGCGAGCCGCUUCGGCGCGGCGUCGUCCUGGGGCGCGAGCGUCGUCGCCCACGACGGCGCCCACUGGAUCUUCGUGAGCGAGAUGGCCGCGGGCUGCGGCCUGGCGACGUGGCGGUCGAACAGCAUGGUCGUCGCCGCGCGGAGCGGCGACGGCCCGCUCGGCCCCUACGCGGCGGCCGAGAUGAUGAUCCCGGGCACGGCGAAGAGCCCCUGGAUCCUCCUGCACAUCGGCGGCUACCGCGUCGAGGCGAAGCGCACCUGCGGCGGCGGCGUGACGACGCCCGAGCGGCGGCGGCUCGCGGGCCGGGGCGCGCGGCGCCGGCCGCGCGACGCGGCGCCGGUGUCGCGCGAGGGCCGGCCCGCGGCCGCGGGCGAGCCGGGCGCGCCGCCGCGCGAGAAGCGGCCGAACCUGGGCACGCGCGUGCUCGUCGCCGACGGGCCGCGCGGCCCCUGGAACGCGACGACCCUCGCGUGCGCCGAGGGCCACGAGAACUGCGACUUCGCGAACCCGGCCAUGGCCAUAGACCCGGACACGGGCGAGGCGCUCGCCGCCUACAAGAUCAUCCACGGCCCCUUCCGCGGCCGGGCCAUCGCCUUCGCCAGGGCGCCGUCCUGGCGCGGGCCCUUCGCGCCCGCGUCGCGCGACCGGUGGAACAAGGCCCCCGGCAUCCCCUGCGGCAGCCACCAGUACUUCGCCUGCGAGGACCCCUUCCUCUGGCGCGCGCCCGACGGCGUCUACCACGUCCUCUUCCACCACAGCGACGGCCGGACGCGCGAGGACCUCGGCGGCCACGCGUGGAGCGACGACGGCGGCGCGACGUGGACGCUGAGCGAGACCAACGCCUACGGCAACAACUUCACCACCUUCGACGGCGCGCGCCACACGUUCAAGCGGCCCCAGCGGCCCCAGCUCCACGUCGCGGCCGACGGCACGCCCCUCGCGCUCGUCCUAGGCGUCGCGGGCGACAGCGUCGCCGGGCCCGGGUCCUGCCGGCCGCCGUCGUCGAGCCCGGGCUGCGACCGGUCCUGGACCCUCGGCGUGCCGACGUCCGCGCUCGCGGGGCGCCGCGCCGACGCCGACGACGAGGCCGACGCGCCGCGCGCGGCGCCGCGCGGCCCCGCGGCGCCGGAGCCGCGGCGGAAGACGAGCUUCGAGGAGCGCCACGACUGGUAA